AAUCAAAUUACAGCAAGCAGAGACAGUCCACCACAGAGGUAGUAGUAUCACAUAACUAUCUCCAUUUACAACUAUUUGCUGUACCAACGUAUGGCGUCCAUAAUAGUACAACUACUUUUGUUGGGGAUUUUAGUUCUAGGCGCGACUGGGACAAAUUUAUUACAGAAUGGAGACUUGGAGGCGGCUAGCCUAGGGUCCUACUGGAGUAAAUCGGGAUGUUCCUGGGCCACUAGUACCACGGACAAGUAUGGCGGGGCGCAGAGUGUCCACAUCACCAACAGGUCCGCAAAAUGGGCCGGCCUUGGAUACACACUUGGUCUAAGUGAUCACAUUGCUGCCGGAAAAAUCUAUGUAUUUACUGGAUACAUCAAAUUGGAGAACCUUGCUCCAGGAUCAUCUUACCAUAAUGUACAAGUGACCGUCAGACAGACAUUCAACGACAACAGCCUGAAGUACGUAGGUUUGAGUUGGCAGCCCCAUGUCAGACCAGGAUCCUGGGUAGAAAUAGGAGGGGACUUCAAACUUCCAAGUGAUAUAAAGGAGAUAAAGAUUUACAUACAGAUAGCGGAACCGGAAGUGAACUACUUCUUCGAUGAUGGAAGUCUGGUAGAGCUCCUACCUGAUCCUGACUGGCGGGCUACUGCAGAGAAAAAUAUUGACGUUAAUCGGAAGGUCAAACUAGCUAUAAUAACCCGUAAAAAGAAAAACAUUUCUCUCCAGAAUUUCACCAUAGAGGUGGAACAACGUAGAAGUGAGUUUGGACACGGGACUGCUGUCAAGGCUAGUCUAUGGACGGAUGCAGCUUAUGGUUUCUACAAGGACUUUGUUUACAACACACUGAAGUCAGAGUGGGCCGUUAUAGAGAAUGCCCUCAAGUGGAGGGGUAUGGAGUGGACCCAGGGGAAUUUAAGAUUCGACGACGCUAAUGCCACAAUAGAUGAUCUGUUGAGUAAUGGAGUGUCAGUUCGUGGUCACAACAUGUUUUGGGGUGUGGAAAAAUGGGUUCCAAGCUGGGUACAGAGUAUUACAGACAAGGAAGUAAUGAAGGCGACGAUACAAGAAAGGAUCUCAAAUACGAUCGCCAUCACCAAAGGGAGAUUAGCCCAUUGGGAUGUCAAUAACGAGGCUCUACAUGAUGACUUUUACGAGAGGAAGACCGGAAACGUAAAUAUCACCAUGGAUAUGUUCCGGGAUAUGAACGCGGAAGAAUCGAACACAAAACUCUUUCUUAACGACUUUGCUGUCGUGAACUCAGCGCCGUACACAACGGCCAUAACGAACCAGGCCAAGAGUUUCCUGGACGCCCAGGUUCCAAUCCAUGGAGUAGGCGUACAGAGCCACCUACCCUCCAGUGAUAUCGACAUCACCCAGCUCAAGUACCGCCUGGACAAGAUUGCGGAAGCUGGUCUUCCUAUAUGGGUCACGGAGAUGUCUGUCACCGACACUAACGACACCGCUAAGGCCCAGGCGAUCGAGGACGCCCUCACUCUGUACUUCAGUCACAAGAUGGUGAAGGGCGUGCUACUGUGGGGGUUCUGGUCUGAAGCCAUCUACAACAGAGACAACUCCCUGGCAACAGGCACAGAUUCUAUAACAUUGAACGAGGCAGGCCAGAAAUACGUAGAUCUUGUGAAUACCGCCUGGAGGACUAAUUGGACUGCAAAGUUGAAAUCCUACAAGAAUAAAAGGUAUUUCAAGGGCGACUACUCGAUCAAAGUCAAGAAGAACGGUGUGACACUGAAAACAACUGCAAUAAAUUUAACAUCAAAUCGGAAAUUGAUACUGAGGGUUAAAGGAACAACUGACUCUCCAAAGAUAAAGGUGAAGAUUCGAUGAGUACUCACGCAGACCAGCACGGAUUUCUACCACAUUUAACAAUAAAUGUCUGAUAUCCAUAUUUGGGUUUUGUAUUUCAAUUAAAACACGGAGACAUUACGUCA